AUGUUAUGUGGAGCUGGCCUCAUCCUUAUCUCCCCAGACAAAGUUGUUCUUGAGUACGCCAUCGAAACAUUCGUCUGGCAGAAUAUCAUAUGUCGCUUCGGCAUCCCCAACACCAUCGUCACAGACAACGGUUGGCAAUUUGACAAUGCCAAGUUCAGGCAAUUUUGUUCCAACCUCAAGAUACACUUUUGCUUCCCCUCCCCAGCCCAUCCUCAGUCCAAUGGCCAGGUUGAAGCUGUGAACAAGAUCAUCAAGAAGACUCUUAAGACCAAGCUUGACAAAGCCAAGGGUUGUUGGCCGGAGCUACUCGCCGAGGUUCUUUGGUACUACCGCAUCACCUUCCAUAUCUCAAUAGGAGAAACACCGUUUUCUCUUUCCUUUGGUACCGAAGCCGUGGCACCAGUGGAGAUCGGCCCCCACUUCACUGAACCUGUAGCAAAGGUUAGAUACUACUCAGCCAUUUACACUUGCAUAAGCAAAAAUGGAGAACCAAGCGUUAAAGCAGGUAGAUACACUACAAAACAAUAA